AUGGAAAGUGGCCUCUUGCCGAAUUCAUCCAUCACAGCCUCCUCGGUAUAUGGGACCCAUAACAGACACGGAGCUUGGCUGGCACGUCUCAAUAAUGUUCCAAACGGCAAGUUUUGGGGCUCCUGGUCAGCGAAUUUAAAGGAAGCUGGCCAGUGGUUACAAAUUGAUCUCGGGGAGGAAAGGCUGCUGACAAAUUUUGCCACACAGGGGAGGCCUUCCCGCCCUCAAUGGGUGACGUCAUACAAAAUUUCGUUCAGUUCAGACAGCGUCAAAUGGGAGGAGUACAAGGAAAAUGGUGUCGUGAAGGUAUGUGAUGCUUUUUUUUCAAGAGGAAUCUCACAAGCAACUCGACACGUGACAUGGCCAGUUUCUUAUGAUCUUUCAGUAACAGCGCAAGGUUACUUGUUUGUUCGUUUUAUUGAUGCAAUGGAUUUGAGUUUUAUUGUGUCCCCUAAUUAUUAUUUAGAAUAAGCUUUUUAACAUGAAAAUGUCCUACCUUUUCCUCUCUAACUUGUGUCCCUCGUCAUAUGACAACCUGUACAUCUAAUACAGCCACCUGACUUUGUUUCCAAUGAGCGCAACUAAAAUUUGCGAUUUAGCUUAUUACCUUCAAAGACGACUUUCAAUUAAACUAUCAUUAACGGAAUGCUUACAAGUAAACGCUUUCGCCGAAUGGAUUUAUUCUCCUUGUAGGUUUUCACUGGAAAUUCGGACCAAAACACAACCGUGUCACACGCUGCAAAUUUCCGGGCCAGGUACGUGCGAUUUGUUGUGUUAACAUGGAGAUGGCAUGUAAGCAUGCGAGUUGAACUGUAUGGCAUGCGCAUCGGCUGUGAUGUACCAUAG